ACGCUGUUAAAUGCCUGCCCAACAUGGCGGCGCGGAGGGUCAGCCCUGCGAGCUGAAAACAAUGUCAGGCUCGGGCGCCUAGUGUCUUCACCACGGAGCUAUGACUUCUUUGGGGUCGGUGUUCGCGUCCGAGAAGCGGCUGGCCGACUACUUCGUCGUCUGCGGUCUAGACCUCGAGUCGGGACUAGAACCUGACGCUCUCUCGGGCGACCACCUACACUUCACGCCGUUAGAUCGUUGCUACAAGGGCAAGGUUUUAGCGCACUACCCCGAGAAUGUCUCCUGGAACCCCUUCGACCCCAGUGCCAUCGGCAUGCUCUGCUUGCCACAUGGACUAUCCUUCCGGACGCAGAAGCACGCCCGUGAACCCUUCUUUCACCCGUUUGUCAUUACACGAGAGGAUGGCUCACGGACUUACGGCCAGGCGCUCACCUUCUACGAGGAGGUCACCGACCGGCAGAUCUGCUCAGCCAUGCAGACAUUACAGGCGAUGCAUCUGACGGAACUGAGCUCAAGCGGGAACAAGGCACCGCUAUCACGGACAGCAGCAAUCAAGACAGAGGCCCCCGUGUCAAGGUCACUCCCCAGGUCGUUUCGGCUCAUGACGACCUCAAGGUCUUCAGACUCGAGCGGGGGAGCCCUGUACGACAUAACCAAGGACACGCUGUACGUGAGCAAAGCAAUUUGCCUGGUGACCCCACUGCCACUGGUCAGCGUAUGCAGGACGGUGCUUCAGAAACUGCUGUCAUUGGUGCAGGGGCGCGACUCCCCGCCACUGCCCCUUGAGAGCUAUGUGUACAACUUGCUCUAUGAGCUUCCCUUGCCUCCACCAGGACGAUCGUUGCGCCUCAGCUACCUCUACCAGGACUACGUUUGCCAGAGGCCAGGAACGGGGGAGCUUCCCUUCUUUGACUACUCGUUCCGGGAGCUCUUCGCAAUACUGGGCCUGGAGAACUGCCUCCAGCUCUUCACCAGCGUAUGCUUCGAGAACCAGAUCCUCCUCUGCUCCGAAGACUACGACCGGCUGAUGCUGGUGGCGGAGUGCGUGACUUGCCUGCUGCUGCCGUUUCAAUGGCAGCACGUGUACGUGCCGAUCCUGCCUCACUCGCUACACCACUUUCUGGAUGCACCAGUUCCUUUCCUCAUGGGGCUCAAGCACGUCUGUGGGGGCGAGCAGGCCGACGCCAUCUGUCCCGGCGAGGCCAACCUGUGCCUAGUGGACAUUGACGGCUGCAGUGUACAGGUGCCCGAAGACCUGCCCAGCUUUCCCAACAAGCAGGAGCUUCUUGCCGAACUACAGGACCUGCUCACACAGUUCGGUGUUCGGACACCAGGUGGCUCAUCAUCUCUCAUCAAUUCCUCAUCACCCAAUGUGGCGGCGUCCGCAACCCUCGGACGUAACCUCAACGACCGGCCGUUCCCUCGUCGGAAACACUCCUGGAGCCUGGAGAGUGGUGAUUCGGGAGUGAGCAGCACGGUUAGCAGCGCGCGAAGCUCCUUCACAAGCCUGGGCACACCGUCGCCUCUCUUGCAGCACAGUGAGGCGUUCCAGCGCAUCACAGCUGUCGCCAAAAGAGCCGGUGUGAUAAACUCCCUGGAAGACCUGCGGCGUCCUCGUUGCCAAGACAACAGCGAGGGCAAGCUCAGCCUUCUUCGGCAGCCGCAGCAGCACAGCUUGGCUGUCGCGGCAGAGAGACAUCCGCAGUUGGAGGAGCUGCGGCUCAACAAUGCCGUGCGCGAGAUCUUCUUCAACCGCUUCCUGCACAUGUUCCGCUCCUACGACCACUUCGUCAUACAGCCCAACCAGAAGGACAUGGAGCAGUGGCUGGCGUCGCGGGACACAGUGCACAACUUCGACAAGACGACAUUCCUGUCCGACCAGCCCGAGCCACACCUACCCUUCCUGUCGCGCUUCAUUGAGACGCAGAUGUUUGCCAGCUUCAUCGACAGCAAGAUCCUCUCACUCUGGGAAGAACCCGACCCGUGCCUAAAGAUUUUCGACAACCGGAUAAAACUUCUUCGCAACCAUUCCACUGAGCCCAUCAUCAAUCGCUACGAACGCUGCACCGUGUACAAAGAAACAGAACUGUCCAUCGAGGGUCGGCUGUCGGCCCCGGAUUUGGUGGCCCCAGUGCCGAAGAUAGUCGACCCCACGGUGGACCUCCCGGGGCGCCGGAAUCACAGGCCGGGAGUCUUUCCUCAGCUGGAGUCUGCCGUGCUGAACCGUGAGCCAGCGCAGUCCAAGGUCAAAAAACGUGCGCACGCCCAGUUUCGAAGGAAAGACCGCUCCAUACAGCAAGCUGAGCACUUGAAGCUCACUGCGGAGCAAAGAGAGUCUGCCUGUGUUGGCACGAAAUCGAAGCAUGCUCAGUUGUGGCAAGUUGCUAUCAUCAUGUUGUUCUUGAAGUACAUCAACGAAGCCCGAACCAAGCACAUGAAGCAGCCAAAAUUCAGUGACACAGCAUCAGCUGCAGUCAUUGCACAGACGAAUUGGCAGUUUGUGGAGGCACUGCUCAUGGAGUGUAAAACCAGGACCAAGCGCAUGCUGGUCGAGAAGAUGGGUAUCGAAGCAGUUGAGCUGGGCCAUGCCGAGGCCAGCAUCACUGGCCUUGAAGAGAACACACUACUGGCAUCGUUCUGCGACCUGCUUGAACGCAUCUGGUCACAUGGCCUGCAGGCCAAGCAGGGAAAGUCAGCACUGUGGUCUCACCUGCUCAAUUAUUUGGAGGUUGAAGAGUGCCGGUCCAGUGGCAAACCAAUUGAUCGAAACUUUUUGACUCCAGUGCCCGUGCGAGCCCAAGUCCCCAAGAGUUUUGGUUUCCCCGAAAUUAUUUUCUCCCUUAAGUCGGGCGCCCUAAACGCCGUCACCAAACACCUGGCCAACCUGGACCUCUCAAACCUGGUGCCAGACGAGAUGCCGGCGUCGCGGGGCAGGGAAGCCAAGGAGCGGAGUCGUCGGGUCAGGACGCCGGACCUGCCCGGCCUCAAGCCGCUUCCUGUCUCCCUCUUGAUGGACGUCAAGACGGUGCAGGCAAUGACUGAGGUCAAAACGGACAUUGGCUUCGCUCGGGCUUGGGUUCGCCUGUGCCUGGAGAAGAAGCUGCUUUCCAAGCACCUCAAGAAGCUGCUCUCCAACCAGGAGCUGCUCAGGAGUUCCUACAAGCGGCACGCAUUCUUGCGGUGCGAUGACGAGAAAGAGCAGUUCUUGUACUACCUCCUCACGCUCAACGCUGUUGACUACAAGUGCUUCACCAACACCUACACGGCCACAGUCAUCUUCUGCGUGUCUGAUGGCACUAAUGGCUCCUCCUCCUCCUCCUCUGCUCUCAACCUCGCUUUCCUCCUCUCCCUGCCCUGGACCAACCCAGAGAUGCCAUAUCGGGUCGUCGUGUUCCCGAGCCGCAAGCUGAGUGCCUCGACAACAUCGGCCAAUGCGUGGGUCAGCAUCUCGGGCACCAUGGGUACCACAGGCAUCAUCCCAGUGCCCAAGCAGUUGCCCGAGUUCGUCUGCCAUCACAAAAACCUGGGCCUGCUCACGACGCUACGAAUUGGCCACGACAACACCGGCCUUUCACCCAAGUGGAUGAUUGAGCACGUUGUGGCGCGCAACGAUGUCACGGGACACACCUACAAGUUUCCCUGUGGUCGGUGGCUGGGAAGGGGCAUCGACGACGGUAGCACGGAGAGGCUGCUAGUUGCUGAGCUGGUUCCAGCAGACAUCGACAAUGAAGAGCUGAUGGAAGCCUGCCGAACGCCACCUCGAUGCCGGUCGCCCAGCGUUCCACGAAGGCCUAAUGAACCCCGGCUAACCAUUCCAGAGAUUCAGCAACUCCUUGGCGAUGCAGUCAACAACAUAGUCAAGUACUUCUACAAGUCAGAGCGAGAGAGGGGCAACUUGACGAUCCUGCUUUGUGGGGAGCUGGGGCUGGUCUACUGCCUGGAGCAGGUCUUCCUGUAUGGCUUCAAGGACACGCGCUUCUUCAGGCACGUCUACCUCUGGGAGUAUUUUGUAAAAGUCAAGGAGUACUUCGAGUCUGCACUGCAGGACAACAUGGAGGACGAGCGGCCGAACUCAGUGUGGCGCACCUACUGCCACCUGGCCAACAAAGUAGAGCGGGCCUCCCACACCAUGGGCAAGGAUGGCAAGUUCCAGCUGUUCAUCUGCCUGGCUGCCAGGGAGCACUUCCUGCACCAGAUGAUGUUUGACCUGGCCGCCUGCCCCGUGACGACCACCAUGUAUGAGGAGAGGUCGUUUCUGCGUGACACCAACCUCGUAGUAUUCCUCGUCCAGAUCCUGGAGGCCCUCUCUGAGUUCGACAUUGCCCUCGAGAGCUCCAUUACCCGCGGGGUGGACAACUGAGCCCAGGCAGCACCUCCUCACGGCAGCUUAUACUCCACAGGUUGAUUCAUCAGAGGCAGUCGGGGCAAUUUACUGGUUUGUUGUAAGAAUGCUGGAUGGCACGGUACAGUCAUCAGCGUCGACUGAAAACGGCUCAGAGAUUCGGCCAGCCCAUUGAAUCUCUUCUCGGCCAGAUGCUGGCCAACGUUGCCUUCACAAGUCGCGCACGACGACACAAAGUACUGCGUGUAAUGUUCUUAGUUCCUCAAGCAGAAAACUUAUUCCCCAGUGCGUGGUGGUUCCUGCAUGAAAGAAGAAAAAAAUUUUUGUUGUUGUUUUUUUUUUUCAUUCCUUGCCUACAGUUAUACCAGCUUCCGUGGCUGUACUUUUGGCACCUGUAUUGUUUCGUUUUGCUGGCUCAGAGACGGCAGCCCACAGGAUGAUUGCGUAUAAUCGGUGGUUGCAUGCUUUGUUCACACGAAACAGGAACGUCUGUCUCGGGGUGUGCCUGCGACUAAAGAAUCACUCAAGCAAGGAAAUACUCCCCAAGUGUUCUUGUUUUCAUUGUUUUGUCAUGUCGUGCCUACAUUAUUUUAGUGUACAUAUGGAACAGUCAUUCGCUAGAUGUUUUAAGAGGCUGGGGAAUGACUCCGCGACAAGUUUUUAACAAACUUAGUCACGAGCAAUCUCCCAUCACAUUCUUAUUCACGUUGCCGCUUGUUAACUUUUUUUUUUCCUCUUUAGUCAUUGUACAUAGCUUCAAAUGUUAAGCUACACAAUUUCAUUUUGUUAAGCCUUGCAAGUGUUAAACUUCGACCAGUUCAUUGGCUUCAAAGCUGCAAUGUGUUUACACAAACACGGCUUUUAUUGGCCUUGACGUGAUUCGUGAUUAACCUUCUUUGAUGUCCGAACUGUUGGGAAUUAGUCAACAUCAGAAAAUGGUACAGUUAUAAUUAGGGUGACUUUUAAGUCUGCAGGCAUAUGGAGCACAUAUUUUGACCUACAUUUGGCGUCACAGCUUCUGCAUCAAUUUCAUGCAGCAAAAAAUUCCAGGCUGUCAGCAGUCCUUGUAUACGUAAUUUUAAGCAGCCAGUAUUGCAUGGUUUGGAACAGAUGCGACGACAGCACGUCAAAAAUGUGUUUCAAAACAGAUUCCCUGUAGCUGACGCUCAAUACUCGGCACUUCAGCGAAUCGUGUCAGUCGUGAGUGCAUGCCCUAAAAAAGUUCUAACCUUUUGUCCACCUCUGUGCAGAAUAGGAACCAAGCUACAAAGUUAGGUGUACAUACUAAACUUGUCGAAUUUAUUUAAAUCACAAUGUAAGAUAACAUCUAUGGCUUGCAAUGGGGGAAAACAACUAAGUCAGUUACAGAGCCUACCUUUUCAGAGGUUGCACAUCCCCCCUAAUUUUGGCUAACAUGUUUCCUAUACCAGAGCAUUGGCUUGAUAUCGCAUUUAACACUUUUGAGCCUUGCUUGUUCGAUUUUUUCAUUGAAGCAUCUCGUUAAGUGUUUGAUUGAUGCAAAAGACAAUGCUUCAUUUCCUGCUCUCUUUUGUGCCAUUACUUAUUAUUUAAACCCCUUAACAAGUUCCUUUAUAACAGAUGUUUUGUUUACAGACAUACGGUAGACACCCUUUACGACAUAACUUGAAGGGAUAAUUGAAAUCUGUUCAUAUUUUCAAAAGUAUGACAUAGCCGAAGUGCACUGCCUUCAUGGGAAACUUAGCAAAAAAUCCAGAAUUUUUUUUUUUAUGCAUACUGUGAAUCGACUUCUCAGGGUUUGUCUUAAAAGGAAGUCUACUGUGUCGGUGUUUAGUGUAUUGUAUAUAUUCUGUACAAGAGGGUGUUCUUUUUGUAUGAUCUGGCAUUGUUCACUCCUGUUGUUAUUGGAAACUAGUGACCGAGUGUGCAGUAUCAAUGUUAAGUCUUCUCUUCUUGGUAAGGCAGCUUGCUGCAAAGAAAAGAAAUGCCCGUCAUGACACAAGUCAGUGAGGUGCACACGCUCUUGCAUGUUGGUUCCUUCAAGGCUGUAAUUCUAACUCUUCUCUUCACAUCGCCUUUUUUUGCACUGUAUUUACAUCGUUUAUGGUAUAAAAUGGGCAUGACUGCUUUUCUCAGGCAGGUUAAGAGAGGGUACAAAAUAACUUGAUGCAAAAAUACGAGUGACAAUGUUAAAAUGAACAUUAAAAGGUAUGGCAAUUGCCAGUUAAUUUAUCCCACGAUUGCACGUCUCUUCUAAAUCUUGUCAAACAGGGUAACUUAGUUUUACUGCAAAUUUUCUUGCAGUCAUUUUGAGACCAUGCUGCGUGGCUUAAUAAAUGAAAGCGCCAUUAGCACGGGUUCAUUAGCAUCCACAUAGAGUGUGUGUACUUUGACAUACAUGCACCAGCUAAUUCCACACGCACCAGCACACUAGAGGUAUUGCAGUUCACAAAUCGCUUUCCAUCUUCACAGUAUGUUGCACAUUAUAAUUUCGUUGCAUACGUGCAAUGCAAAGGACACACAAUGUCAAGCAAUGUGAUGUACGAGUGGAGUACAUAAUAAGCAGCGUGUGCAAACUUGAUCACUUCAGCCUCUAUGCACCCCACUUAACAUAGUAUAUUCAGAGUAAGCUGUCGAUAACUCGUCGACCUAUCUGUUCGUGCGGUGUUGCCUUUUGUGACAUUGCAUGCACAAGUGCGUCAGCACCACUUCCCCUUUCCAUUGUCGCUAUACUAGGAUGCAGGAACCAAACAAACAAACCAGCUGUGCAUUGAGCUAUGUGUGCUGGCCUACGGCUUCGUGCCAUCUCCAGCUCUAACUUCUAGCAGCCACUGCCUUUACUUCUAGCAGCCCGCUGCCUUACCAAGGAAGUCAAGUCAUCCAGCCGUACUCGAGCUUUGCUAAGUACUAUUUAAUUUUCUGUUUCAUGGCAGCUCGAAGGCAUUGCAUUUCCUCUCCCCCCCCCUCGCUUUUUCUUUCUCCAGCCUGGUGUUGCAGCCUGCACAGCUUUUGUUAGAGUAACAUUUUGUAUGGGGACCAGGGUGUGCCUUCUGUAUGUGGCGCAACAGACUCGUUGCAUUUUCGCUUGCUGAAUUAAGAUGCGCCAUUGAUGGGCGGAAGGGAAAGUUUCUGGCUAAGAUAGGUCACACUGAUGCUCGUUGCAGCAUAUCAUAUGUAGUGGCGUAGUCCCUCGUCAAGACUAAUGUAGCGUGUCUGGAUGGAAGGGCUUGUCCUUAUGUGCGCAAAAGAGUGUGUGUAACACUUAACUGGCCAUACGCUUGUGCUCUAGCAUUCAUUAGCCAUGCUUGUUGUAGAUUACGGGAGUGAAGCUCUUAGACAGCGUGGAGUAGUAUGUUUGCUAAGUUGGGAUCAUCAAGCUCACUUUUUUUUCCCCCAUGUUAAGUGCUGUAAUAAUUUUCUUUGUGGAAAACUGAUAGUGUAUCAGGAUGUCAUGCUCACAGCUGCUUUUGCUUUGUGUUAGGUAAUGUGACUAUUUUUAAGAGCAACGCGUGAACUCUCAUCAUUAAAACCACGUAGCGCUAUGUCAUGUAUAAGAAGGAGUAGUACCUGUGAUUUUGUGAUGAUUUCCAGAUUAACAUAGGCGUGCUUGUAUACUUUGGCAUUGUGACAGUGUGUUCAUUGCUUAAUGUUUUGUUCGUCACCUUGCACAAUUUAUUCAAGUGGGAAGUCUCCAUCCAAUAAGGAAAGCCGAGCUUUGAGUAAUUUAUUAAAAAUUUCUGAAUUUAUUUAGGGAAGAAGAACUAAGUCUGCACACCGCGCAUGCAUUUCUCCAACUAGAAUUUUGCCUUUUCAAGGAAAGCCUUAUGUGCACCGUUAUUUCCGUUUGUUUGCUGUUUUGUUAAGUGCAUUGUAAUUGCUGCAGUUGUUGGUUGUCUUGUGCAGUUGCAUCAACAUUUUGCUCUUUGUACAUCCAUUUGUCUAGGUGAACAUUGUUAAAGUCUCAUUGAUCUUUGUACCCCAGUUAUUGUCUUCACAUCGUCUCUCACGUCUUACAUGCUACAGUCAUAUUACAAAAUCUCAUUGCAUCCUGUGUAUAUUUUUUGCAUCUGCUGCCUGGCUAGUCGGGACGAAGUGUACCAGCAGUGUUGCUCAUCAUUUUGCGGCACGGCCUGAGCCAUCCAUCAUUCAUUCGCACUUGACAAAAAAAUCUCAGGCAACCAUAGUACAACAUUUCUCUUAUUUUUUGGACUGCUGUGCAUAAUGCUAGUGUGUCGUACUGUUCUUAUAAAUUUAAGAUGUGUUAGUGAUGUUUUCUUUUUUUUUCACCGACGACUUGGCCUUAGAGAAAGUGUUCUUUCUUUUAGUAUUCAUUUUUCCAAUUUAACACAUUUUCAAACAUUGACAAUGUGCUGUUCCUGUUAAACAUGAUGACGUUUUGUGUUAAGCUGUCUUCCUCGAAUGGGUGACACAUUAUAGGCAAGUCUCAAUGAGCUCACAAGCAUGAUCUGAUUGUGCUGACACGCGAGAGUAAAAAAAACAAAAAAGGAAAGAAACAUUGCAUUUUUCAGCAAAGUGAACUGUUCUGCUGCUUCAAUGCUACUGCACGCUUCGACUGUAUUAUUUUGUAACCAGCAUUUAAACUCGAGUAAAGGCACUAGACAUUUCAAAAGCACAAGGUAUUGAAUAUAGUGUAACCAGCGCAAUGACAGGUGUACAACAAUGAUUUCUAGGAGUUUCAGCACUCUGCUAUCUCACAAAGUGUUCAACUUCUGCAAUUAGUCAGCUGUACAGGCUUGAGUGGCAGGACAGUGGCACAGCUAAUUUGGUGCAUUUCCAGCUAGCCCCUCACAGAAGGGGAGCUCAGUGUCAGAUUGCAAAAUGGGGUGGGCUAGAACCCUGUAAUAAUGGAGACAUAGCUAAAACUCGAAUAAUCAAGAGUUGCUGAAACUCGUGCUUGGUAAGCUCAUGCAUUUGCAGCUCGCUCUUCACAUCAGGGAAACAUGGUAGCAGAAUUGAAAUCAGUGUGUUAAAACUCCAUAUUAAUGAAGAGUUGUUACAGCUUUCUGAUAAUGGAGAGUUGCUAAAACCCUCUAACAAUGAAGGGCUUUAGCCCAACCUGUAUUCAUUACAAUUAACUGGAAUACUGGAGACAUGGACAGGAGCAGCUGCACUGGGAAUGACACCUUGCAAUAUCGUAUGCAUCCAAAACAGGCACAACUCUUCUUGAUGAAUGACUAUGCGCUACUUAGUUGCUAGCAUAAAUGUGGUACCAAUGACAUGCUAUUUAUAAAAGUGUUAUUGCCUUUUAUAUACCUAGUUCAUCAUUGGUGAAUAGAAAACUGAAAGAUUUGAACAUCAAAAGUGUCAGCUCCAUAAAGCAUCGAUGCUAGUACCAACACCAAAAGCGCAGCGUAAAUACUCGGUCAACAUUGAAAGUGUACUGUUGAAAAAUGUGUACGUCUGUUUGAGAAACCAAAAUUAGUGGUGUUCCAAAAAUGCUACGUGAUGCAAGAGGCAGCGAGUGUUAUAUGUGCACAAAUUUGCACUUGUGGGAGUCAACCGAGGUAUGUUGUUGGAAAUUAUGGUGCAUAGUUACACGGACAACAGUUUUCGCUCGAAACUGGACUGCAAUUCUUCAAAGUCGCACCACUGCGUAGGCCCUCCCCUCCCUCCUUUUUUUUUUAUUCUGAAGAGCUCGGAAACAUUCCCAGCCUGUUCAUGUUCAACACAUUAGAUUGCCAGAUGGCGCCACCAGUGUUGCUGUUCUUGUCAAACGCUUCCAGUAUUCUAGCAUUACGUCAGUGGUAACAUGCAUACACCAGGCUAAACCUAUUUGUGGUAACUCGUAAUGUCGUAGUUUAUGCAUGCAGGCCUGUGCCGUAUUUACAGUAAUAGUUUGCACAGGAGAAGCUGUUAUGAGAAUUUAUAAUGGCCGUUUGCAGAUUUUUUUCCAUUGAUUAUAACAUUUUAGAGGUUUUUUGCUGCUGCCACAGGUUUGAUGAAAGGCAUAAUUUGUGGAAACGUUUUCUUUUGGGAAACAGUCGUGCUUGAAUGUCUCCCAUUCUUUUCAUUUUUGCUAUAGACAAAAAAGCUAAGUUAUCUUGCAAUCUAUAUUUCACCUAUAUGUAUGUAUUGAGACAAAAGAAAAUUCAUGUUAUUCAUUCUUAAUAUGUAGUCUUCCAAUCAGGCAGUAGCCAUAUUAUAAAACAAUGUAGCCAUUUUAUAACAACACGGAGAAGCAAUGUGGGGGAGCUUUGGCUUCAGUGGCAAGUAUAGAAAGCUUUUUUGAACUAUAUUUAUUUAAGAAUGAAACUGUUUGCAGAUAUCACACUUUGUUUACAUACAUUAGCGUUCAAAUAAUACAACUUCACUCGUAUGCUAGAACAAUAAUAGUACUGAAAAGUUUGUCAUCGCAUUGCCUGCUAAGGUAGAAAACCAUCAAAUAUACCCCCAUUUUCGUGCCUUUAAAAGUAGUGCAAUGGGACGUGAUUUAUCCCCACCUGUUUAUCAGUUAAAUGAGAAAUUAUCUGGUGUGUUCACAUUGCAAAGUGUUUCUGAUCAGAUUUGUGUUGUUUGUUGGCAAAGACACUUGUGCACUUUUGGUGUGCUAUUGUACUGAACAUAUUUGCUUGAGCUCUACGUCAGUGAAUUGUGGUUUUCACUGCAGAAGCAUUUUUAUCUAUACAUAUUAAAGAACCAGGAUUUUUGUUCCUUUCCAUUUUUCUAUCCUGCUUAAAAGAGAAGCACUUAUAAGCUAGGUGGCCAUGCAAUCAAUCCUCAAGCCUCCUGAAUUUUUUUUUUUUUUUUACAUCUGUCAUUGUAUUCGGAACACAUGGUAACAGUCGUGAUGAUGCCAGUAAAGCGGGUAUUUUUUUUUUUUACGCUGGUUUUGUGUCAAUGUUGUCAUAAGCCAAGUGUUGCAAAUAAUGAUAUUUCAUGUACUGACACAGUGUUCUUACCUGCUUCUAGAACAACUCUGGCAAUCUCCUAAGCUGACGAUGAAAGUAUCAAUAAGUGUACUGGUUUAAAAUCGCCUUAAGUCAUCUUCAUAUGGAUCCAUACACUAUCCAAGGAUGAGUGUUCCAUGAUUGCACACACAGACCAGCCAAGCAUUAUGUGCUUGAGUAGUUGAUCUUUCUGUUACCUCUGUGGGCCUUGCUUGAGAACUGCUAUCUUCACAAUUGUUGUGCAUCAGAAGCUGUUAUGUUGUUGAACUCUGCAGAACUAAUUAGUGUGGGCUGCUUCUGCUGCUUAAUUUAUUUUUCAAAGCUCAAAUGACUUGUCACAAAACAGUGGGACUCAGUUCACCAUUUGUAAAGAGUAACAAGACUUUUCAUACCUGAAAUAGAAUCUAUGUCCGCCGAGUUUGUAA